AGAGAGAGAGAGAGAGAGAGACGCGGCGAGGAGAAAGAAAAAAAAAAUCCCCAAAUCGAAAGCCGCGAGAGACAGAAACCCUAGCGGAGAGGAGGGCGGCGAUGGCGGCGGUGAGCUUGAGGAAGAGCAACGCGAGGCUGCCGCCGGAGGUGAACAGGGUGCUGUACGUGCGGAACCUGCCGUUCAACAUCUCGAGCGAGGAGAUGUACGACAUCUUCGGCAAGUACGGCGCGAUCCGGCAGAUCCGGCUGGGGAACGCCAAGGACACCAGGGGCACGGCCUUCGUCGUCUACGAGGACAUCUACGACGCCAAGAACGCCGUCGACCACCUCUCCGGCUUCAACGUCGCCAACCGCUACCUCAUCGUGCUCUACUACCAGCCGGCCAAGAUGUCCAAGAAGUCGGACGUCAAGAAGAAGGAGGAGGAGAUCACCAGGCUGCAGGAGAAGUAUGGCCUCGGCUCCAAGACGCCUUCAUCCGCCCCCGACGCGUAGGAUUCUCAUCAGAAAUCAGUUCUUCAGCUAGUACAUGUAUUUAAGAAUCGGGAAUUGCUUAUUCAAUCUUGCAGUUUGUGCUCGUGUGUUGUCUGUGCAAUAGUUUCCUAUCAAUGAAAAUCACACAGCGGUAUGUACUUUGACUGAAAGAACAAUAUGCAAUGUGUACUUUGACUGGGAGAUCUGAUUGGUAGCAUCUAGUUGAAUUGUCCUGUGUUUUUAGGCCCCUUGAGUUGAUAUGCAAUUAUGUGCUCAGAAUUAAGUUGUGGCUUUGCACCUCUAAUA